AUUCAAUCCGAAAGUAAGUACGAAAAGUGAAAGUGAAAAGUGAAAGUAGGGAAAUACAAACUAGUGUAACAGAAUAUUGAAAUAAGAAGUUUUAAAGUGAAAUAAACUUCUGAAGUGUAAAGUGAUAAAACAGAACAUUCAAAAUUUUGGACCUAGAAGAAAUACAGUUCACUUGACUGGAUCGAACUACUGGCUGAAAGACUGAUAUCGGUUUUUUCGCCCAUAACCAAACGGAUCCCGUCGAGCCUCAGUUAGUUCGACGCCGAUAACUCAACGUUAUACACGUCAUGUUGGACCCUUUCCUGCUGGCAGCCUUCGCUGCCGUUAUCUUCUUGGUAUACCACCUCCUCAACCGCAAGUACCAAUUCUUCGCCGAACGUGGAAUACCGUACGUGAAACCGACGCUCCUCCUGGGAAAUGGGGCCUCUGUGUUGCUCAAAAAAGAAGACCUACUGCAGAACAUCCAGCGAACGUACGAGACAUUCCCCAAUGCCAAAAUCAUGGGCAUAUUCGACUUCGUCAAACCGAUCAUGAUGAUCCGCGAUCCGGACGCGAUCAAGCAAAUCGGUGUCAAGGACUUUGAUCACUUCGUCGAUCACACGCCACUGUUCACGCCGGCCGAUUGUGAAGACGUGGGAACGAACAGCCUGUUCGGAAACUCGCUGUUUGCCCUUCGGGGACAAAAGUGGCGCGAUAUGCGAGCAACUCUGAGUCCGGCCUUCACUGGAAGCAAGAUGCGGCACAUGUUCGAGUUGGUGCUGGAUUGUGCCCGGUCUACGGCGGAGUACUUCCGCGAGGAGGCCAAAUCCGGUCGAACGACCGAGUACGAAAUGAAAAACGUUUUCUCCCGGUUCAGCACGGACGUGAUCGGAUCGGUGGCGUUUGGUAUCAAGGUCGACUCGCUACGCGAGCAGGACAAUGAUUUCUUCGUUAAGGGGAAGGCGAUGCUGAACUUCCAGAAUUUGAAGAGCUUGAUCAAGGUGAUCAUGCUCCGAUCGGCACCGGGUUUGAUGAAUCGGCUCAAUGUGGAUAUUACAAGUCCUCAGAUGAACGCGUACUUCAAGGAUAUGAUCAUGGACAACAUGAAGCAACGGGAGAUUAACGGAAUAGUUCGAAACGACAUGAUAAACAUUUUGAUGCAGGUCCAGAAGGGUGCUUUGCUGCAUCAGAAGGACGAACAGGACACAAAGGAUGCCGGCUUUGCCACUGUUGAGGAGUCCAGCGUUGGCAAAGCGCUCCAUAAUCGAGUUUGGUCCGAGAACGAACUCGUCGCUCAGUGUUUCCUGUUCUUCCUGGCUGGCUUCGACACGGUUUCUACGUGUUUGACCUUCGUGAGCUACGAGCUGCUGGCCAAUCCUGAUGUUCAACAAAAACUGUUUGAAGAGAUUAUGGCCGUCGAGGCCUCUCUGGACGGCAAACUGCUGUCCUAUGAAGUUCUCCAGAAGAUGCAAUAUCUGGAUCAGAUCAUCUCGGAAACGUUACGCCUGUGGCCUCCGGCUCCGUUCGUGGACCGAUACUGCGUCAAAGAUUACCUCUUCGACGACGGCCAGGGGACUCGCAUUCCGAUUGAAAAGGGUCAAAUCGUUUGGUUCCCGAUCACGGCUCUCCACCACGAUGCCAAGUACUUCCCCGAGCCGAACCGCUUUGAUCCGGAGCGAUUCAGCGAACAGAACCGUCCCAAGAUCAAUCCGGGUGCGUAUCUACCGUUCGGAGUCGGCCCGCGGAACUGUAUCGGGUCGCGGUUUGCGCUGAUGGAGGUCAAGGCGAUCGUGUACCACCUGGUGAAGAACUUUACGCUGGAGCGGAGUGGGAAGUCUCGGGUUCCGUUGAAGCUGGAGAAGAGCUACAUUGCGAUGAUCGUGGAGGGUGGCAUGUGGUUGGAGUUCAGACCUCGGGCGUGAUGGGAAGGGGGUUCAAUAGUAAUAAAGAGUAAUGAAAUAUGUCA